UUGUUUCUGAACGCACCAGUCGGCCCAGAGCGCGCUUCGAGGACAGACGCGCGCGCGUUCCGAAUUUAAAAAAAGUUCCCGCUGAUAAAUUAAAAAGUUUCUUACUUUGAGUUUGUUCUGUGGAUCUAGUGUUGUGUUUUCGUGGUUUGUGAAAAGCUAUACUUACAGGACGGUUUUUUUUCCUGUUUCGUUUGAAUGAGUUUCCACGUUCAGUUAUAGCCCGGUGACUGACAAAGGGCCGGCACCAUGCUGCAACAGAUCCUGCGGGACAUGUGGGUGGACCCGGAGAUCCUGGCCGAGCUGGACGAGGCCCAGAAACAGACGCUGUUCUGCAAGAUGCGGGAGGAACAGGUACGGCGGUGGCAGAUCUGGGACCAAAAGCUGUGCAAAGAAGAAACGACGGACAGGCCGAAGAAGAAUGGGAAGAAGCAGGUCAAGUUCUUGCACGGAGAAGAUGGAGAACCAUGGGUCUGGGUGAUGGGCGAGCACGUCAACGACAAGUCCAUAGAGAGCAUCCUGGAAGAAGAGACACGUGCGCGUGCGCUCGCGCAGGCGCGGCAGGAGGCGCAUCAGCUACGCAAGUCCGUUGAGAAGGAGCUCACACAACUCAUUGACUACCGGCCUCUGGAUAGUCUGGAGCAGAAAUUCGACCUAUCCCCCAAAAAUGUCGAAUCUAUAGAAGACGCCUUGGAAAUCUACUGCACAGUGGACGAUUUGCGGCAGCGGAUCGCAGCGCUGGAGCCCGAGGUGAAAGAGAAGUCCGGGGGAAAAGAGAAGGACUACAGCGACGACAUGAAGCUGGACCUUAAUAAAAAUACUUUGCAUUUCAACUUUAUCGAGGGGAAGAGAGAUGGGUUACAGGACUUGUCUCCAAACAGCGCCACUGACGGUGUCAGUUCACGCGUGCUCGCAUGGGAGCGGCGCGUGGCGGGUGCGAGAGCUGGUGAAUUAUUGCGUGGAAUCAAAGCUAGAAGAGCACGCUCUAUGCGAGACGCUACGCUUAAUGCGCAGGAUGACGCAGCCUGGCGGGAGCAAGAGCGUAAAGCCAAGGAAGCGGAAGCCGCGAUGCGGGAGAUAGCGCGCGCGGCGCGCGAGGCGCACCGGCGCUCCGCCGAGCCCGCGCCGCCGCCGCCGCCCUGCCCCAGCCAAGCUGGAAAGCCUCCAAGCCGAGAAGCGGUGGUGGAGUGGUUCCGCAGUCAAGAGCUGCCUCAAGGCGUGGGGCUCGACGAGAACAACAAACCCGUCAACUGGUUCCAUGGUCUCAUCACGCGGACGGAGGCGGAGCAGCUGCUGUCGCGCUGCCUGCCGGGCGCGUUCCUGGUGCGCGUGUCGGAGCGCGUGUGGGGCUACGCGCUCUCCUACCGCGCGCCCCACGCGCGCUGCAAGCACUACCUGGUGGAGCGCGUGCCGCAAGGGUACCGGCUGCUGGGGGACAGCCAGGCCACGCACGAUACGUUAGCUGAUCUCAUAGCGCACCACAAGACGGUGGCCAUCACGGAGAACGGCGGCGAACUGCUCACCACAGUCUGUCCCCACCAGCAGCCGCCCGCCAUCCUGGAGGCGCUCUAGCCACCCUUGACCACACAAGU